UGCGACAAAGGAGCCACCUCCGGGCUCCGGCCCCUCCCCAGCGGCCCAGCUACCCGCCUGCUCGUCCGCCCCCGGCGCCCCGCGCUUUUCUUUCCCCGUUCCCACCACUUCAAGAUCCAAUCCAUCGUCCGUGAACGAAAUAGCCCAGUUUCGUGCCCCUCGUGAUCCCGACGCCGACAACGAAACUGCCCAGUUUCGUGCUUUUCUCCAGUACCCCGCGCACGCGCGCACACACACACAUCCGAAUCACAAGGAUUGCACCGUGGCAGUACAGGUAGAAACGUCGAGUGAAACCGUGGGAGGGGUCGAGGGAAGAAGCGGGCCAGCAGCGAGCGAGCAGUCGAGCACGCGGGGCGCACCACAAGGCCACAAAGCGCGCCGCGCGGCGGCACCCGCCACCUACCUGGUCGCCCAACCUACUGCCUAUACGAGGGGAGGGGGAUAGGGAGUAGCAGUAGCCAGUAGGCAGCGUAGCACUGCGGCUCCUACUACCAAGUACCAACCACACCUCCAACCCCCGCCGUAUACCAAUCCGCCGGAGGUCUCUAUUCAGUCCACUUGCCUUUUUCCCUCACCGGUCACUGCAUCGAGCUAUCGGUUCGUCUCUCCCUUUCCCUCAGGAGUGGUAGAUCUGCCGGUGCGGUCCCCAGUUUGGAUCUUGAUGAUUUGGUGACUUGAGUGGCCGAUUUUCUUCGAGCAAACUGGUUUUUGGGAAGUGCGGUUUCCUCAAUGUCUAUUUGAAUCACAGCAUACUGAACUGAAUCAAGUGAUAAUUGUGUUCUGGUCAUACACUAAGAUAUACCUGAAACUUCUGCUUCAUAUGUUCACACAUCAUAAAUAUUCCAACAAAGGUCAGAUGAACAGCGAAAGGAAUGUGAAGAUCAUAUCAGGUCGUGAUGGGCAAAAGAAGGGAAAUUCACAGUAUGGCCAAAUUGUACACAUGCCAAAGGACAUGGUCACAACAGUCAAUGGAAACGUAGAUGCAAAAUUUGAAGAUGAAGUUAGAGUUGUGAAGAAUGAUAGGUUCCAAAGGCAACGAGAGUCUUGGGGUGGGGAAUGCAAGAAGGGCUCAAAACCAUGGCCUGGUCGAAAGGCAGCUACUGUUGAUGAACUUGUUAAACAUAUGUCAAAUGUUCCUUCAUAUUUACAGCGUAAAGAAACUUCUGACCAUCUUCAAGACAAGGCACUGAAUGUUGGAGUUCUUGAGUGGGGGCUUCUUGCUAACUGGUCUCAGCAAGAAAAGCAUAAGCUCACUAGAAGCUAUGGACCAUCUCCACCCAAUACUAGCAGGUCUGUACUAUUCCCAUCUCCAUCACAUUCUUCUCCAAGCCCCAGCAGCAGAUCUCUUGAGAGUAAUCAAUCUACCCCAAUGAGUGGCCAUCAUCAUUCAUCCAUCAGAGCACAGCAGAAUAGGCUCACAGAUAAACACCAUGAGAGGGCCAGAUGUCCACCUAGCCCAAAUUCUGCAGUACUGAGCUUAUUGUCAGGUCAUGGCACACAUCCCUGUCCAGAGAACGGUCAUAAUUAUGUUGGGUUGGGUCUCAGCAAUGUUUCUUUAGCCUCAGACUCUCUAGGUUCUUCCUCUAGAAGUUGUGGAAGACAUGAAAUGGUUGGAGAUGAAGAGACUAGACGGAAGACUGAAGACGUUGUCCAUCAUUGUUCUCGUAGGCUUUUUGCAGACAGCGAUAACAUUGGGAAACAUUUCUUCGCAUCAAAUACCAAUGACUCCAUGUGUAAUGAUCCUGAACAGAGUAUUGGCUUGAAUGGGGAAAAUUUUGAGUCACUAACGUCUGAUGCUGUAAUGGACACAGCUAGAAAUGACAGUAAGUCGUCUGACUAUUUACUGGAGGAUAUUGAGCCAUCCCUUGAAUUUCCUCGAAUCCCAUAUUCAUGUCCACUUCCCAUCAUAGAUUCAGCAGCCAAAGAGAUUGGCAUCACUAGCACUGAGGCUGGAGAUGCAAAAGUGAGUAAAAAUUCUAACCGGAACCAAUCUGCCAUGAAUGUCACUGAGAAUCCUCCCCAAUACUCAGCAAAGUUUAGUGAUAAGAUGCCUUAUUGUCAUCUAGGUUCUGGGAUGAAUCGAGGGAGCUGCAGCUCUAGCCUCAAGGAGUCACCACAUAUUCGACAACCCAAUAUAGUUCCUCCUGUCGAUAAGACAGGAGACAGGUCAUCACCCAACAGCAAAGGUAGGCGAAGCCCAUUGAGGAGGAUGUUAGAUCCAAUAUUAAAGCCAAGACAUUCUAGUCCAGUACGUCCUUCAUUUGUUCCUAAGUGUCAACUUCCAGUCAAUACCACCAAGCAGUCUCUGGACUUGGGGAAAUCAGUGCCACAUAAUGUUCAGCGAAGGUCGGUUGAUUUGGUAGUCAAUUCGAAUUAUCUGAUCGAAGAAAAUAGAAAUCAGCCUCCUCCCCGUGUGCUAUUGAACAGUGCAAGAUACAUACAAAAAGGAAAUGAUUCAGCAACAACAAGGCAAGCACUUCUGCAGCUAGCAUGGAAGAACGGCUUGCCUUUAUUCAUACUCUCUUAUGGUGAUUCUGACAUCCUGGCAGCCACUGUUAGAAGGAAGGGCAUCCCUGAAAAGGAUGGUCUGGAAAGCACAUAUGCUGUAUUCACUGUUGAAGAACCGAAGAAAAAAAGUGGAGCUUGGAUCAAGACAGGGGGCAAGAACAAAAAACAUCACCUUUUAUCUAGCAUAGUUGGGGAAAUAAAGGUUGCGCGUCGAAAAUCAAGAUGCCACCAUACAACCGAUGUUCAUGUACACAGGGAAUUUGUGUUGGUUGGUUCCAAAUUUCUACCAUCGUCUGAAGAAUCAGGUGAUUCAAAUGUUAGUGGAGAGCUUGCAGCUUUUAUCAGCACACUUCCUCAGCAAGAAGCAGAAACCUCGAAGCAAUCAUCUUCACAGAAUACCAGGCAAAGAAAUUCAAUGCCAAUUGGCUGUGGUUGCCCCCCACUGGGAAAUUUCCAUCCUAGCACGAGAAGUGCUAAUUCUGCUUCAGCCAAUGUUGUUGCAGUACUUCCUGAUGGCUUCCAUGGCACAAUAACAUCUGGACAGCCAUUGCCUUUGAUUGAGAGGUGGAGGUCAGGAGGAGCUUGUGACUGUGGCGGAUGGGAUGAAGGUUGUAUGCUAAGCGUCCUCACUGAUGCGUCCGAAGAAAAUGAUGCCAUUCAGGCUAACCAGGCAAAGGAUGGCAGCCAGAGAUUUGAGCUUCUAGAUCAGGGUCGAUCACGAGAAGAGAGGCAUGCCUUCAGUAUGACUUCCUUCAAAGAGGGGCUUUAUACAGUGGAAUUCAGAUCAUCCAUUGCAUUACUUCAGGCUUUUGCAAUGUGUAUAGUGAUGCUCCAUGGAAGGUACCCAAGAAGAACGCAAGUUGGCUCGCAAGCAGAGCAGGAGCAUGAUCUCCUUGCUGGUCAUGAGCUCAAGGCAAUGGCAGCCAGUCAAGGAAGAAGGCCUCCGACAAGCUAUGUGCCCCACCGGCCACCUCUUUCUCCUGUAGGCCGAGCCUAGCUUAUCACGAUUUAGUGUAUGUUCUUUCUGUGUCUGUCCUCUUUCUUCAGCUGCGUAGUGCCGGUGGGAUUGAUAUACCAUGGUCCAAUGGUCCAUAUGUAAUACGCAUGUCCAAAGUGACAAUCUCUGCGCAAGUCUUUAGAGAUAGCUCCCUGUACAUGCUGUGAUGUUGUUGAUGGUGUAUGACUGUACCAGUACCGUGAUGUGGCUGCAAGGUCCAUCUCAGUGCUUAGUUACCCUUUUAUAUGUCCGCUUAUCUGUUGCUUCUGUAUAUGCUGAAAUGCGCCUGCAAUCUGUUGCAACCCUUGUUUAAA